AUGGCUCUCUUGAGGAGGCUAUUCUCCACGAUCCUUUGCCUCUACUUCUUCUCUUUGCAAGUGCAGUGUCAGCCGUCUUUCGCACCAAUUCUACCGCCUUCAUACCCGCUCGCGGUUAAGAACCCCUACCUCUCAGCAUGGCUGCCGGGCAACCAGACCGCAGACCUGCCGUCGGCAGUACCACAGUUCUGGACGGGACAGGAAUUGACUUGGUCCGUCAUAGCACGAGUUGAUGGCCAAGCAUACUCCCUCUUCGGGGUUCCGGAGCCGGUGUCUGGCAUCAAAUCAGCCUCCUUCAAGAGCGCUGAGUAUACUUCAACUCAUACUACCUUCACUCUGGAAGCUGGGGCAGCAAUCUUCACUCUGGACUUCUUCUCGCCAGUAUCUUUGAAUGACUAUGUCAGGCAGAGCAUGCCAUUCAGCUAUCUGAUUGUUUCGGCAUCUGGUCUGGACGGAGCAGCACCAUCUUUACAGGUGUAUUCAGACAUGGACAACUCCUGGACCGGCCAGUUUGGAGAGAACGUGCAGACAAACUGGAACUAUGCUCUAAGUUCGGCGAGUACUCAGGUCUUCACCUUGACUUCUGGUGGUACAGCGAUGUUCUCCGAGGUCGAGGAUAUGGCUCAAUGGGGGACUGCUGUCUACUGCACCAAGCCAAGCACAUCAACGAUUUCUCCAUCGUUAGGUGACAUGGCCACCGUACGCUCCAGCUUCGCCAACAACGGCUCGCUACCUGGAGACUGGGACUGGAAGCCUGGCAGCGUCAUCGCCCUCAGCCAUGACCUUGGAGCCGUCAGUACCCACCACAAUGUCACUUUUGCCGUCGGCUACGUACGACAGGUCGAUGUCAACUACAUGAGCACCCCUCGUGCGGGUUACUGGAAGUCUGCAGCAUCAGACAUCAACAUGGCUUGCGUGAGAGCACUCUUGGACUUCAAAGCCGCGGACGCUGAAGGACGAGCUUUGGAUGCGGGAAUCGCCAGCAGAGCCACUGCAGCUGGCGGCGGCAACUACAGCGACGUCGUUUCCUUAUCAGUCAGACAGGUCUUCGGAGCUUUCGACGUUACGGUACCGGAAGAAGACUUGUCAAAAACCGAGGAUGUUAUGGCGUUCGUCAAGGAGAUAUCCUCAAAUGGCAAUGUCAAUACCAUCGACGUAAUCAUGCCUAUCUCGCCGACACUCUUCGUAAUCGCACCUGAGUAUAUUCGUCUACUGUUGGAACCGGUGAUGCAGUACCUUGACACCGGAGCUUGGCCACACCAGUAUACUAUCCACGACUUGGGCACACACUAUCCCAACGCCACUGGCCACAACGAUGGUGUCGCUGAAGAGAUGCCAGUCGAAGAGUGCGGCAACAUCAUCGUGCUGGCAUACAUGUACCAGCUGGCUUCUGGCAAUAUCGAAUGGGCAAGCAACUAUGCUUCGCUGUUCAGGCAGUACGCAGACUACCUUGUCCUCAACGGCCUUUACCCGACCCUUCAGCUCUCAUCUGACGAUGGUGCUGGACCAGUCGCAAAUCGAACGGGCCUGGCGAUCAAGGCAGCCAUUGCUCUAAACGCAUACGGCGUUAUGACCGGACAAUCGAACUACUCAGACACUGGACGUCAGUUUGCCGACGAACUUUACGAGCAGACAGCAGGCACAGAUGCUGAUCGCACCCACUUCACCUUGACCCAGAGGGACGACAACUCCUGGGGCAUAGGGUACAACCUCUUCCUCGACGUGCUGCUGAAGCUUGAUACCUUCCCAACGGAAGCAUACGCCAUGCAAACCAACUACUACCAGCAUGUCCGAGCUGAAGCCGGUCUAGCGCUUGACAGUAGGGUUGACUGGGGCAAGACAGAUUGGAUGAACUUUGCUGCUGCCACUGCGAUGGCUGAGGGGGUGGGAAAUGAGGGCGUGCGAGACAUGCUUGUUGGCGAUGUCCAUGCUUUCCUCGCUAGUGGACAGAACACGGCACCUUUCAGUGACAAUUUCUUCGGGGAGACGAAUGGAAGUGAUGUUGCGGGUAUCUACAACAUCUACCGAGCGAGGCCUGUGGUCGGAGGGCACUUUGCUUUGAUGGCUUUGGGUGGACCGAAUCAGAAUCAGCUGCAGGCCAGUGAUGGUGGAUAUGAGAAAAGAAGUGAAGGAGGUGGGAGCUAG